AAUCCCAGCGCGUGUUUCUGCAAGAUCAUUAUCAGAAAACCUCUGCGGGACUCGACAAGCACACACACGCGCGCGCGCGCACGCACGCACGCACACACACACGCACGCACACACACAGAUGGAGUCCAGAAGAGCUAGACGCUGUACCUAAGUCCGAUCGAAUUCAAAUCAAAACCGAGGAAAUACCAAAACCUGGAUAUUUUUUAAAAUUGAAUUAUUAUUUUAUUUUGCACGCCUGUUACUCAGGCCUGGCGCGAUCCGAUCCGAGCAGGACUUUGGAUAUUACGUGUUUUUUUUUUCUCCGCAGUGGAAAAGGAUCCACUCGGUCCACCCCCGAGUGUGUGAUUCGAGAGGGAAGAGAAGCGGUGCAGUAGGACGCUGGCGGUUUUCCCCUCUUGCAGUUGAACUCUCGAGCCAUCUCAGUGUUAAAAAAAAAAAAAAAAAAAAAAAAAAAAAAAAAAAAAAGGGCAGAAAAAACCCCCGCAGCUCGCGCAGUUUUCUGCUUCAGUCUGUUAUUUCACGCAGCAGACCCGCAUCCGCGUUUCGACUUUCAAUCCUCUCCAUCGAUCUGACCAUCGCUCAUUUUCCCCCCUUUUCUCUUUCUUUCUUUUCUUUUUGAGCUCGUCGUUUGACGCCAUUUUCCCCUCAUAAACACCGUUUUUUUUUUUUGGAUCCGAUUGCGAACUUGUCAUCGGUGAUCAGAUUCAUGUCACCGGAUGGAUUUGCCUUUAAGGACGUGACCGAGCGUGUCGGAAAUGGUCUCACGCCAGGAAAUGUAUACAUUUGCAAGAUUUGUACGAUUCAAGGAGCAAUAGAGUCAAGAUCCAUCACAUCGCCUUUCUGACUGAACACGAUCCACUGUCCCUGGCACCCCCUUCGUGUCAUCUUGGCUCCCUUCUGGUUCCUACGUCUUGAACCAAGUCUUAGGAUCAUUGAUGGAGCAAAGGGACCUAACUCGCCCUUCGCGGCCCAAAGGGAACGAGGAGUUUUUCUCCACUGUGACCACCAUCAACAGGGCUGAUCUUACUGAGGUGGGCCUUCUAGCCACUCCAGUAAAGGGGCUUGGUCUGGCUGGUGAGCAGCAGGAGCAUGAGGAGGAUGAAGACCUCGGCCUGGGUAAAGACAUGGACGUCACUUCCAAUGCGGACAGCGAGAAGUGGGUGCAGGGAGACAACCUUGAGGAACAGGAGUUCUCCAUCAAAGAGGCAAGUUUCUCAGAAGGCAGCCUCAAACUGAAGAUCCAAACCACCAAGCGGGCCAAAAAGCCACCCAAGAGCCUGGAGAACUACAUCUGUCCACCCGAGAUCCGCGUCACCAUUAAGCAGCCUGGGGAGCAGAAGACAUCCAAGCAUGGCAAGACCACUAAAGGUGGAAAGGAAGAAGACAGAGGACCCCCCAGAAAAAGGACCUAUGAGAGGCCUUUCAGAGUUGUGGCUCAAAAUGACAACAACAUGAUGGAUGUCCUAGGGGAGAACCUGAGACCAAAACAUGAGCCCAAAACUGACAUUCACCAACUGGAUUGGACAAAGCCAAUUUUAAGAGAGUCAACAUCCCAGGGGGACCAAGCGAGAGAUCCGGAAUCAAAACAAGAAUCAACAUUCAAAAACAAGAACCUUCUGUCAGAGGUCAACACCCCCUUCUCAAAGACACAAGUUAAAAAGGUCACAGAAGGUUCAUCUGGAAGUCUGUUUACCUCGGAAAUGACUUGUCCAGGUUCUGACUCACAGGCUACUUCUCCAGCUGAUAUAACAAUGAGUGCACUAGCAGAAUCAAAUAUGUUGAUACACUCCUCUCUAAGCAAGGAAAGAGGUUUGCAGGAGGUCACUGAGCAAGUCUUUGGGAACAUCAAAAGGAAGUAUGGCAGAAGGGCUUUGACCACCCAUAAUGGAGACCUGCCCUGGGCAAAAAAGGCUGACAAAGAGAGUGAGAAAACAGCACAAGACAAUACAAAGAAUAAACUAUUUAACGCUGAAAAAACUGAGACUCAGAGGGAGGAGGUAGAAAAAUCAAUGAAGAGACCAGAGGGUGAUUUCAAAACAGUACCAAACUGUGUUCCUCAUCACACAGAUGAACCUAAAAGCAGAAAGAAGAAAAGCAGACGAUUAACUGAAGAUAACAACAUUCUGGAAGACAUACAAACAACACAGACAGUAGAAAUGAAAGAUAAGUCUGACCAAGGUGCUACAAAACCUAAAGUAGCAAACAAAAUGGAAUUGAGUACAGGAAAGCAAUUUGGUAUAGAUUCACAGAAGCUGGGGGAAGAGAGUGCAGCAGCAGGGCCAACUGUGGAAAUUUCUGAGAAUAGGCACAAGAAGAACCCAGUUGGGAGACCACAAUCAUUGAUUGAUCCAGAGAAGCAAGCAGAUGGGAGGCAAUCAAAGUUCAAGGACAGAUGGGUUUAUUUGAAAUCUAAGAACUCUGCUCCCCACAAAGACCUUAAUCCAGCGUUGCCCAUUGGAGAACCACCCUCUGCUUUCCCCAUUACACCAUCCAGCCCACUAUACACCAACACAAACAGUCUGACAGUCAUUACCCCCAUAAAGAAAAAACGGGGUAGGCCUAAAAAACAACCACUACUUACUGUGGAGACAAUUCAUGAAGGAACAUCAACCAGUCCUGUAAGUCCUAUCAACCAGGAUUCACCUAGCACUUCAAAGAGGAGGAGGAAGAAACAUAAUUUGUCAAAAAUAAUGCAACAGGCCUUAAAUAAUUCUCCAGCUUUACCAGAGGUGAAAUGUAAGAGAACAGGCCAGGUUGGUAUCCUUAAAAGGAAAACAACUAAGAAAGUGAAACUGGUUAAAAUGCAGAGCAUUUUGAAUGAACUUCUGUCCUCUUCUAACACUGGUAACCUGGCUUUGAAAUCGAAUGUUCCAGUUUCCUGUGCCGUGUCAACUGUGGCAUCGACAAUUGAAGCCCGUUUAGGCAAGCAAAUCAACGUCAGCAAACGUGGAACCAUUUACAUAGGCAAAAAACGAGGGAGGAAGCCCAAAGCUGAGCUUCAGACUCAGCAAGAUGAGCACAAAGCCAAUGAUGAGCACUUGUUGCCUGUUUCAAGUCAGUUUGAGAACCUUCUAGUGCCUUCUAAUUCAUCAUCAACAACCAGAAUGCCUUCUCCCAGGGUCAUGCAGUCUCUCUCAGCUCAGUCCUUAGCAGGUGGACUAGCACACCAUGCCACCACAGAAACCAGCCAGCAUGACCUGAAGACCAUGCCAAAUCUACAGCCUAUCAGUGCUUUGCCCACAAAAACUCAGAAGGGCUUGCUCAGUAGUAGCUGGAAACUCUCUCCUCCAAGACUUAUGGCCAACUCACCAUCUCAUCUGUCUGAAGUGGCAUCUAUCAAAGAGGUCACCCUGUCUCCAGUUAGUGAGUCCCAUAGUGAAGAGACAAUCCCAAGUGAUAGUGGCAUUGGUACUGACAAUAACAGCACAUCAGAUCAGACUGAGAAAGGUCCAGCAUCUCGCAGGAGGUACUCCUUUGAUCUUUGUGGUUUUGAAGCAGCAGAGGCUGCUGUGCUGGAGGCUACCAAUAAAACAAACAGAGGGCAUUAUCAGAAGCAUGCAACAUCAGUGGCUAUGGAAAACUUUCUUGCCCAAGAAAGCCUCAAGAAACAGAAACAUCGACGGAAGCGAAAGGGUCUAACAAGUAGGGACGAUCUUCAGUUUCUUGCUGACCUCGAGGAACUCAUUACCAAGUUCCAGGUCUUCCGAAUUUCCCACCGCAGCUACAAGUUUUACCAUGAGAACUCUUACCCCAGCAUUUUCCGCCUAAACUUUGACCACUACUACCCUAUGCCCUACUACCCCUAUGAUCCUGUGCACUAUCUUCGCAGGAGUUCUGAAAAGUCAAAGAGAAGACGUGGCAGGCCAGCCAAAUCAGCUGAACCUAUAACAAAGAUGCCUUUCAUACAAGGGUUUGGCUACUCAGCAGCCAGUGGCAAUUACUAUGCACCCUACGCAAUGCCUUACACAGCCAUGCCACUUGCCACAAGUAUGAUGAACAUGGGGUAUUAUGGGCAGUAUCCUCCUCCUUUGUAUCUGUCCCAUGCACUUGGAUCUUCAGGAACUCAUCUCAUGCGGCCUCCGGUUCCUCCACCAAAGUUCCACUCCAGUGGUUUGUCCAGCCUCUCUGCUGGCAGCAGACAUAGGAUGAAGAGCAUGCCCCAUGAGAUGUCUUCUCCCAGGAUGGGUGACACUCAUCAUCCAUCAAGCAGCUGCAUGGCGAGUGUCUGUCUCCACAAACGCAAACACAAGCAUAAGCACAAACAUAAGGAGGAGCAGCACUCAGUCCCACAGAGAGAGAACCUUGGUGGACUCUUUAGUGGAGCCCUGCCUCUUUCUAAGAUAAAGGACAAGCAGAGGAGCCAGCAAAAUAUGGAUACUUCAUCCAAGACGUCCAGGAACUACUUCGAAGUAGACACACUCUCAUCGUUGUCCUUAUCGGACUCUCAGAACUGUAAACAUCCUCGAGAAGAGCCACUGAACAACUUCCUGAACAUGUGCACUAAGCAACCACAUGAACGGCUGCGAGCCAACCAGGACCAGCCACUGGACCCAUUCAAGGGCCAGCACUUACAAGAUGAGGGUUCUCACAUCCGGAGUAGGAGGAAUAGCUUGGAAGAGUUUGCAACAUACAAUGAGGGGAGCAUGGCACCUUUUCAGAACAACACUGAAGAGAGGAUGAAGCAGAUGUACCAUUGUGGCAACACAGCCAUCACAGAACUGGGCUCCUACAAGAAGAGGUACACGCUGCAGGAGAUUGAGGAGAUGCAGAGCGAUGUGCGGAAAAAACACGCAUUCUCCAAGAUCCUCACCAGCAAGAGAAGCCUAGACCACGUCAACAAGAUCCUGAAGGUCAAGCGGCUCCAGCGGCAGGCCAAGACGGGCAACAAUGUGGUGAAGCGGCGGAGGGGGAGACCGCGAAAGCAGACACUUGCUCCCAGUGAUGGCUUCUUGCCUCAGAUGCCUGUGCUGGAAAAGUGCAUGGACUUUCCAGGCAAAAGGAACCUCCACAGCAGCCCGAUGCUCACCCAGCCAGAGUUCUCCAGCCAUGACUCCAUCACAGAUGCCAUCGAAGCAGUGGUACACCAGGCCCGGGCACAGCCCAAUCCACAGACCCCACAGAUGGCUAAACCCUACCCUAAAUAUCAGCCAGAGGAGCAGCUAGAUCGGCCAGUACGGCGAGGCAGGGGAAGCAGAAGGGAUGAACCAGCUUCUCAUUAAGGGUUUCAUUAACAGUGCACUGUGAGUUUGACUUGCACUCCAACCUUUGGAUAAUUUCUAGGCAUUAUGGUUGUCUUUUCUUUUAAUCAGCUCUACUGAACUGUACUUCAUGGGCAUUCUGUGAGAAUCAUGAAUGUGGUCUAAAAAGUGCCCCACUUUCACAUUGUAUAUGCCAUCACCACAAUCUCUCUUUUUUUUUUAAAUGGAAAUGUUCUUGUUUUGAGCUUUUUACUCUCCCAAAGCCCAUAAGGAUUUUGAAACAAUGGCUAUAGCCAUGAUCUUACCAGCAAGUGUAAAUGAAAUUUUUUUGAAUUUCUAAUACAGUACUGUGCACUUUUGGGGUUUCUUUGCCUUUUUGGUUCUCUCAAGUCAAAGCACAGUGAUUAUGAUAAAGAUCAGUGUCAGGAAACUGGUCAUCUCACACACACACACACACACACACACACACACACACACACACACACACACACACACACACACACACACACACACACACACACACACACACACACACACACACACACACACACACACACUUGCCUGCGCUCAGGUUUGUUCCGGGCAUGAACUAAUGGCAAUACCCUUGAAUUGAAUGAGACUCUUCUACUAUCUCCGAUGGCUAUAGUUUAAUUGUACAUAGAAGCGUAAUCUACAAACAUUACAAAGUGAAAGUAUUUUAGAUUUACCUGUACUGUCACCAUAUCAACUAGAAAACUGUACAAUAUUCAAAUAAUGUUUUAACCAAAUAUUAGACAUAGAUGUGACAUACAAAAGCUUGUGUUCAAAUGCAAAUGAAACCUACAGUAUUUAUUAAUCACACCAUAACGAAGUGGAUGCAUCACAGAUUGAAGGAUUGUAUUCGACAAUGGCAGUGUGUAAAGUCAAACCUUCAAAAAACCAUAGCUAUAUACAUUAUACAAUAUACUCUGUUCAUCAUGCAUGGAACUAAAAAAAAAAAAAAAAAUCCUAUUCUUGCAUUUAAAAGCAACACAGCACUUACUCCAGUCUCCUUAUAUGUAUUACAGAUUAGUAUUACACAUUGUCAGUGAUUAUUUUUAUUUGAAUAACCAACAAUAUCUGGAAAAUAUUUUUAGUAAUAUCCGUUAAUAUCGGUGAUUUCAGUCAGUUGCUUGGCAAACAGAGUAACUGAGUGGCCUUUUCCAGAGUCUAUUUGAGAACGUGCCUGCUCAUAGUAGUAAUAUAAAAAAUAUUAUUACUUUAUUACUUAUAAAGUAAUAAAAUAUAUUGACAUAAUGGUCAGUAUUAGAUAUCCACACAACCAAAGGAUCAGUCGUGUUGUAGUUCAUAUUAUAGGUGGAUUUUGGUUUAGGUGCUUGUAGAAAGUGUAACAGGUGGAAAUGUGUGGAUCCGAGAUGUUAGACUUCAUUACUGUAUACAGCUUAGCAUCUGAAACCAGGCUUCAGUAUAGUGCAGUGGUUCUACGCUCUUUUAGAAAUGUAUAUUCAACUGGUCGUAAUGCAGAAAGCGCUGUCGUGUGGUUUAUUUCUCAGUUGUUUCAUAUAUGUGCCUUAUGUUUGUCAAUAAGUCCAUAACAUUUCAGCUACAGGGAACUAUGAAUGGCAAGAAAUAAUGCUUAAAUUACACAUAUAUUAUUAGUAUCUACACAUGGUCAUGAAUGUACAUAUGCCUGCUCUUUUCUCCUGCUCCUUAGAUCGGUUAUUGUUUAGACGCACAUACGCAGAUAAGAUCAGAUGAGUCAUAUUAAAAUGAUCUGCUUUCUAGGUAGCUUGCUGAUGUGAGAUAUUGAUGUUGAUCAACGGUAUUGAUUUGAAUCAGGAGGGUCUGUGUGUCAAACUGUCAAAGGUCAAACUGUGCUCGCGACAAUUCAAACAAGACCACAGUACAUACAAAAAACAGGUACAAAACGUCCAAACAAAUGUUCCAGCACCAGUUAAGAGAUCACGGCACGUGCGUUCUAAAUUACUAUGCAUCGGGUUCUACCUGCAAAUUGACAGAAGAAAUGACUUUUUACGUUGGGUUUUUUUGUUUGUUUGUCCCCCCCCCACUGUUGAGUUCAAUUUGUCAAAGUGGUCUUAUGGAAAAUGAUCUGUAACCUGUAUUUUUUUUUUCUUUCUUUCUUUUAUUUUUUUUUUUGCAAACAAAUGACUAUCAAUAUUUUAUUUGAUAAUUUUUUUUUAUUUUAUUUCCAAAUCUUAAUGCUGCCUAGGGCAGAAAAAAAAUAAUAAAAUCAGCCACUGAGCAGCGGAGCCUUAAUCAUGUUACAUUACAUUCAAUAAAGUAAACCCUGUAAAUAGUCGAAUCACCUGUCUGUUACUGAACAGCUCACAAUGUGGGCUGGCGCUUCUUGUUAAGAAUAAUGCCGGAAAUUUGAACACACCGUAGCCCAGAGCCGAAGUCUGCGCAGCUUAAAUGAACAUUUUGUCCGAGCAGAACAUGGAAUCAGAGAAUGACUUAUGGUGCAUUAGAGCCAAGUCAGAUUUGGCAGCUAUUCCCUUCUGCCUGUGGUACUACAUUGGUCACUUCAGCAUGUCUCCUGUUUAGGAUUGGCACCUCAAACCACCUGGACGCUUAGCCAAAAAUCAAGACCUGCAUCACUCAGUGCUAAACUGAAAAAGCAAACCAAAUUAUAUAUAGUAGCAGUAUUCCAAAACAGUACCAUCAGUCUUUAGUUUAUCAAGGAGGUGUUAAUAGCAAGGUGUUUGGCAGCUCAUAUUUUCUCUACCAGCUGAUAAAAUGGUGCCUUGUGAAAUAAAGGUGUUUGUUUUUUCCCCCUUUUACAUUCUAGCUGUUCAACAAUAAUCAUAACUCAUUAGGCUGUUUUGUGUCGUGUAAAUAUUGUGACCUGACCUGCUCUAACUUCAUGAACGAGAUCGCAUAUAAAACAUCAAUUUCAUCCGAAUAUUAUCAACAUGUUCAUGUAUUAAGCUCUAAUGCUAUUGAAGAAAUUCCAGUGCAAAUGAAGUAUUAAUUGAAGGGUAAAUUACUCACCAAGGGCACAACAUGAGCUAAAUUCUGCGUUUUUGUUUUUGUUUUGUUUUUUAAUAGGUACUUUGACCAUUUUGAUAAUGCUUUACAUUUUCUGAACCUGCAUGCCCUAAUUGAUUGUAUGCACAAAAAUUGUGAAGAAUAUGGAAUUUCAAUUUGGAGAUCUUAUACAUUGUUUGAUAAGUUUUUUGAAGAACUAGUUUUUAAUUCAUAAAACAUUUUUUUGUAAAUUGUAUGAAUAUGAGGAAAAAAAAAAAGAAGCAAUUAAAGGACAUAUAUAGGAAAGAAUAAAUAUUGAGAUACGCAAGCAUAUGCAUUGUACAUAAAUGUAUGUAGGAAUACGCCCUCAUGUUUUUGUGUACCUGUGUAUACACACGUUUAAAGAUAUGUAUACUGCACUGUACAUAUGUACAUACAUUUAAGCUCGCAUGUGUUUGGUCAUAUUUGUUGUUCAUGAUCUUGUAGAAAGUUCUUUUUUAUUAUUUCUCUUUCAAGUUCAACUUUUUUGUGCAACCAUCUCAGUGCAGUAUUGAGCACUUAAAUACACUUGAUCUUGCUCAUGUCAUUCAUUGUGCAAAAAAAAUAAUAAAAUAAAAAGGAAAAGGAAUUUAUCUAAUUUA